CAAUAGUUGGUUUGGUUGUUUGUUGAGCGUUCGCAAUUAAAAUCAGUAAAAUAUUUUAAAAAAGCUGCUAACAAUAUUCUGAAAAGAUGGUGCUAACUGACGGUGACUCGUGGUCCCCUGAAGAUACACUUAGAAUUCUAAUCGCAUCUGAUAUUCAUCUGGGCCAUCAAGAGACGGACGCUGUACGCGGCGAAGAUAGCUUUAUUGCAUUUGAAGAGGUUUUAUCGUUAGCGGUGCAAUAUGAUGUUGAUUUGGUGUUGCUUGGUGGUGAUUUAUUCGAUCAUGCGAAGCCUUCACCUGCUUGUCUAUUUAAAGCGACUCAACUUAUUCGCAAAUAUUGUUUCGGCGACAAACCGGUUGCUGUCGAGCUACUCUCCGAUCAAUUUGAGAAUUUUUCUCGUAGUGUCAACUAUGAAGAUCCCAACCUCAACGUAGCGUACCCGAUACUUUCUAUACACGGAAAUCAUGAUGACCCUGUGGGCCAAGGCAGUGUCAGCUCAUUAGACAUCCUGUCCAUCACUGGGCUGGUCAAUUAUUUUGGAAAGUGGAGUGAUUAUACACAUGUGCGUAUUUCUCCAGUCCUUAUGCAGAAAGGCGGCACUCGUAUGGCACUCUAUGGCCUCAGUCACUUGAAAGACCAGAGACUUUCUCGUCUUUUUGUUGAACAAAAAGUUGAAAUGGAAUUACCAGAAGACGGAGAAGAUUGGUUCAAUCUACUGGUGUUGCAUCAGAAUCGGGCUGAUAGAGGACCUGGCAAUUUCAUUCCAGAGAAAGUGUUGCCUAAAUUCCUUGAUUUGGUAGUAUGGGGCCAUGAACAUGAUAGUUUAGUAUUUCCAAUAAAAGGCAAAACGGAAGCUGAUGAGUUCUCAGUUAUUCAACCUGGGAGCACUGUGGCGACUUCCCUGGCAGCUGGAGAAGCUCUACCCAAGCAUUGUGCUCUUCUACAAAUACAUAAAAAGGAAUUUAUUGUAACCCCUAUUCCAUUGAAGACUGUGCGACCGUUCAUAUUUAAAACACUGGUCCUGUCUGAGGAAAAUUUAGGUGAGGAUCAGGUAAAUGAAAAUGAGAAAGUACAAGAGUUUUUGAAGACCAAAAUAAAUGAAGCUAUAGAGGAAGCUAAUCGUAAUAAGAGUGGUGACCCUAAACAACCUGCGUUGCCACUUGUGAGACUGAAUGUCUUCUAUGAAAAAGAAGGCCAAAACUUUAAUCAAAUGAGAUUUGGGCAAAACUUUAAUGGGUUAGUUGCAAAUCCUAGUGAUAUUCUCAAUAUGAAAAAGGAGAAACGAAGUCAUGAGCGUAAACCUAAACAGGAAGAAGAUGGUGAAUUGAACAUUGAAGGAGCAGCUCAAGCAGCUGACGUAGAGGAGCUGCUUCGUGCGUAUUAUGCUGCUCUGCCAAUUGAGCGAAGGCUACAAGUAUUGUCAGUCCGUGCUAUGACCGAUGCAGUACGUGAUUUCACAUUAAAAAAGGAUGAUGAAGUAUUCCGGCGCGUGUUUGAAGCUCACAAGCGACGGUGUGUCGAGAUGUUAUUGGAGUCAACUGCAGAGACUGAGGAGGAGGUGGCCGAAAAACUACGAGCUGGAAAGCAGGAGCUUGAUGUAGCUGAUGAAGAACAGCUUAAAAAGCUAAUUGAUGCAGCUGCAAACAAACCACCUACUCCUGGUGCAUUGAAGCGUGCUGUUGUGGUAUUAUCGAGUGAUGAUGACGCUGAGCCUGAGAUUUCUCCAGCGCGGGGCCGAGGACGCGGCGCGAGGGGCGGAGCACGUGCUCGAGGCCGUGGUCGACAGACACGUGCACGCGCGGAACCCGAGCCCGCGCCCGCGCCUGUGCCGGAGCGCCGCACUCCUAGACGCUCAGCUGCACAAAAAUCUGCAUCGUGGCUACAGAACUUUGUGGAACGCAGCACACGGCAGCGUGGUUCUAUAGACAUUGAAGACUCAGAUUAACUUUAAGCUGAUUAUAUGUAUUAGUUAUGUAAGGCAAAAUUCAGGAUUUACAGGAAUAAAUCCUAUUUUUUAAA